CAGAGCACGGGUCGUGACGUAACGUGAGCGAACAUGACUCAGGGUAUGGCUGACUCCGUCGGAGAACGUUCGUCGACGAAGCAGGUGUUGCAGAUGGCCGUGUCCACGCUGGACACGCUGUCGACGCUGCUCGGCCUGACGGUGCUGAGCGAGCCGGCGCGGCCGCGCGCCGCCGGCGCGCCGGCGCCUGUCUUCACCCUCGACCAGGUGGCCGAGCACUGCUGGCGCGACGACUGCUGGGUGGUACUCUACGACCGCGUCUACGACGUGACGCGCUUUCUGGGCCUGCACCCGGGCGGCGCGGACAUCCUGCUGGAGAACGCCGGGCGCGACGCCACGAGCGCCUUCCACGGCGUCGGCCACUCGCCGGCCGCCGCCGACGCCAUGCGGCCGUACCAAGUGGGCCUGCUGGCCGCGCACCAGUGCAUGUGGACCAAGUGA